UCCAUCACGGAGACGCCAGUCUGGACGUUCCCGCCUCCUCCGGCACUGUCGAGUCCGUUAGGAGAAGGGUCGCCUCCUCCGGCGAGGGGAAGGGGGGCGGAGCCCGACUCAGGAUCAUGGAUUUUCCUGGUCACUUUGAACAGAUCUUCCAGCAGCUGAACUACCAGAGACUUCACGGCCAGCUCUGUGAUUGUGUCAUAGUCGUGGGGAACAGGCAUUUUAAAGCCCACCGCUCGGUGCUUGCGGCAUGCAGCACGCAUUUCCGAGCCCUGUUCUCGGUGGCAGAGGGAGACCAGACCAUGAACAUGAUCCAGCUGGAUAGCGAGGUAGUGACAGCGGAGGCCUUUGCGGCGCUGAUUGACAUGAUGUAUACGUCCACCCUCAUGCUGGGGGAGAGCAACGUUAUGGACGUCUUAUUGGCAGCCUCUCACCUGCACUUGAACUCUGUUGUUAAGGCGUGUAAACAUUACCUAACGACAAGGACGCUGCCCAUGUCUCCCCCCAGUGAGCGCGUUCAGGAGCAGAGCGCCCGCAUGCAGCGCUCCUUUAUGCUGCAGCAGCUGGGGCUGAGCAUCGUGAGCUCAGCCCUCACUUCCAGCCAGGGUGGCGAGGAGCAGCCGGCCCCCAUGAGCUCCUCCCUGCGUGGGAACCUGGACCAGCGAGCGCCCUUCCCCAUCAGGCGCCUUCACAAGCGCAAGCAGUCUGCCGAGGAGCGGGCUAGACAGCGCCUCCGGCCCCCGGUGGACGAGUCGGCCGUCUCCGAUGUGACCCCAGAUAAUGGGCCUUCGGGGCUUCACUCUCGGGAAGAGUUCUUCUCACCCGAUUCUCUGAAAAUCGUGGAUAACGCGAAAGCCGACGGGAUGGCCGACAACCCGGAAGAUGGUGCUAUCAUGUUUGACCAGACUUUCGGCGCUCAGGAAGAUGCCCAGGUGCCCAGCCAAUCUGACAACAGCGCUGGCAACAUGGGGCAGCUGUCUAUGGCCUCGCGUGCAACUCAGGUGGAGACUGGUUUUGAGCAGGAAGCGGCAGCUGAGAAGGGGGGUUUUCAGUGUGAGAACCCCGAGGUGGGCCUCGGGGAGAAGGAGCACAUGAGAGUGGUGGUGAAGGCAGAGCCCCUGAGCUCACCUGAGCCUCAGGAUGAAGUGAGCGAUGUGACCUCCCAGGCAGAGGGCAGCGAGUCUGUGGAAGUGGAAGGCGUCGUGGUCAGCGCUGAGAAGAUCGACCUGAGCCCCGAAAGCAGUGACCGGAGUUUCUCAGAUCCCCAGUCGAGCACGGACAGGGUAGGCGACAUCCACAUUUUGGAAGUCACAAAUAACCUAGAGCAUAAGUCUUCUUUUAGCAUUUCAAAUUUUCUAAACAAGAGCAGAGGAAGUAACUUCGGUGCAAAUCAGAACAGUGAUGAUAACAUCCCAAACACCACGAGUGACUGCAGGCUGGAGGGCGAGGCCCCCUACUUGCUGAGUCCAGAGGCUGGGCCUGCAGGCGGGCCCUCUGCCCCUGGCUCCCAUGUGGAGAACCCGUUCAGUGAGCCUGCAGACUCCCACUUUGUCAGGCCCGUGCAGGAGGUGAUGGGCCUGCCCUGUGUGCAGACUUCAGGCUACCAAGGAGGAGAACAGUUUGGGAUGGAUUUUUCCAGGCCUGGCUUGGGCCUCCACUCCUCCUUCUCCAGGGUAAUGAUGGGUUCCCCAAGAGGAGGAGCCAGUAACUUUCCAUACUACCGCCGCAUAGCUCCCAAAAUGCCAGUUGUAACUUCCGUCAGGAGCUCACAGAUCCCAGAAAACACUGCCAGUUCCCAGCUAAUGAUGAAUGGGGCCUCGUCCUCAUUUGAAAACAGUCACCCUUCCCAGCCUGGCCCUCCGCAGUUGACUAGGGCUUCCGCUGACGUCCUGUCAAAGUGCAAGAAAGCCUUGUCAGAGCACAAUGUGCUGGUCGUGGAGGGAGCACGCAAGUACGCCUGCAAAAUCUGCUGCAAAACUUUCCUGACUCUGACCGAUUGCAAGAAGCACAUCCGCGUUCACACAGGCGAGAAGCCCUACGCCUGCCUCAAGUGCGGCAAGCGGUUUAGUCAGUCGAGCCAUCUGUACAAACACUCGAAGACCACCUGCCUGCGCUGGCAGAGCAGCAAUCUGCCCAGCACUUUGCUCUAACCGCCCUCACCAGACGAGGCCAAGGCCAGCUGUAGGACCGAAAUGAAAGUCUGUGUUGUGUGGCAGUUAGUGCCGUGGGGCUUGGGGCUUCAGACUGCCCUGUGGCUCUUGAAGAUUCCGACAGCUAGUAAGUGGAGAACUGCUGCGUGUCGCCCUAGUGCUGCUGCGGGCUGAGUGGCAUGUACACCUCGGGAGAGGGAUGGGAUCCCUGAACGAAGUUCUUCCUUAGGGUCAAGCAGUGCAUUCGUAGUAGUUUGUAAUUGAUGUUAUUAAAAGCAGCACAUUUAAAAAAUUGAAGUGCAAAAAAAAUUUUUUAACAAUUUUUGUAAAACUGAUGCAUUUAAUUAAAUUUCCUAUACCUUCUGAUGGGAAUGUUAUAUCCCUGUUCAGUGAUGCAAAAAUGCACUUACGUGUAACCAACUGGUGGUAACUUGGUGCCUGUCUAAAAGGCCCUUGAGGACAUGCCUGUCUGCCACAAAUGCUUUAAAGUAUACCCUGAGCGCAUCCCCGCCUCAGAAAGUACUGUAUUUUUUAUUUCUGAGUUGCAGUCACAGGCACUGCGCUUUGAUGGUGCUGACACUGGUCCAGAGCACGUGUGCUCUUGGACUGUUAGUGUAGAUACUUCCGGAAACACCCCUGUUGGGUAGAUGUCUUAACAGUUGUUCUCUGGUUUUAAGAACAAAGUUGUAAAUGGAGUAUGUACUUGUAGGAAGUGACAAGUAAGGUAUUGUUUCUGUAUGUGCCGUCUUAGCAGUAUUUUAACCAACUUGUAUUAGUAAUGUUACAGUCUCACGUUUGGAAGUCAGAAAAGAGCUAGUGCUGUCUUUGUUCUGAUGAUGUAAUCGCUUUUUGUGGGGUCUUCUGUGGCACACAGACCUUUUGCUCACCCAGGCGUCCAGGGCCAGUCCAGUCGGUCACAUCCCACCCGAGGACGAGCCUCUCCGUCUUGUUGCUUCACAUUCCCGUGCCCCAGGCCUGUGUUGUUUUCAGUUACAAACUAACCAAAAACAGUGUCACCCUCCUCCCUCGUGGGUUUUGUUAUUGUUAUAUACUGUACUUUUAUAGACUCUGGACUUUUUAUUAGUGUUGUUACCCCUCAACUUGAUACUGUUUAAAAUGGUCUGAAAUCCAAUGUAGUACCGUUCAUGGAUAAAUAUUUCCCCAGCUGUGUAAGGGGUAGACAGCCUGUAACUUAGAAGUCACCAGGUAGCAUCCAAGACUGGUGGGCAGGCAUUGGGGUCGCUUCCUGGAGCCUCCCUGCUCCCCAUGGGCACUGAUCAUCAUGGCUGCUGGUGGCACCGGAGUUGAGUUUAGGCCCAGCCCUGGCUCACCUGCAUCCAGGGAACAGCACAGGCCAGGGCGUCUAGCACUCACCGAGUCAGUUUAGUUCACGCACGAAUGUGCAUUCAUUUAAUUGUUUUAUACUGCUUUCUUAACGAUACCAAACCUUUGUGUGUAAUUCAGUUACUCAGUUCUUAUGUUUAGAAAGCUAAAUAUUUAUAUAGCCUACAACAAACAUGAGCAUGUGUUUUCUAUUAAUCCACAUCUUACCUAUCUGUGGCUAGACCUGUCCCAUCCACAGAGGGGCUCAGCGUCGCCUACUGACGAUCCCCAGGGAGGGAAAUCCAAAAGGAAACCUGUUGAGCAGACACGGGAGGAUGUGUCUCACUGGCAGCAACCAUGCUCUGACGUGAUGUGCAGGGGCUCUAAAUCCAGCCCUCUACACAACGCAGGGACCAGUGUGUUGAGAUUCACCUUGGGAGUCAGGUGGUCAGCGUGGAGAUGAGAGGCCCUGUCCGGGAAGGGGAGCCAGUGACAGGCAGGAUGGGGACAGCUCUCCUUCCCUUCCAUCCCAAGGAGGUGGUGCCGGGAGCCUGCUUCCCACUGCAGCUCAGCUCUAAGUUGGACAUUGCUCUUGGGGGCCUGUGCCCUAUGCUGGAGCCCCAUCUCCUCUCCACUGCCAGACAGCACCUGGAUCCUCUCAUCUACCUCUUAGUUUCUACGCCUGAGAAGCAAGCUUGCGGGCCAGUGUCCUUGGACGUGCUGUAGCACUUAGGAUUCCAAGGUCCCCUGGGGAACCAGUCUCAGGGUCCCUUCGACCUGCCAUUUCUACUGGAUUCUAACUGGUAUUGGGUACCUGAAUUCGGAUUGGUUAGCCUUAAUUCUAGCCUGGCAUAAUCGUGUAGAAUCUUGGUGAUCACAUCACAAAGCUGUGUCAGGGCACCCAUGUCAGUGGUGCUAUCUGGUGGGAAUUUGAGAUUUUGAAAUAAAAAAUUUGUCAUAUUCAUGCCUCUAAAUACCUGUUCUUUGCUUACGUUACUAAGGUUGAAACAAAGACGGGAAGUGAUGCUUCGCUCAUGGCUAGCCAUGCUUUGAACAGUACUUUUUAAAAACCAAGUGUCCUAGAAAAUCAUGCUGUUAAUAAAUUAGUGGUUGC